AUGGAGGAAAAUGGCAUCUCAGACAGCACCACAAUAAUUGAUGCUGCUGUUAGCUUUGAUGGCACUUGGGCCAAAAGAGGUUUCACAUCACUAACAGGUGUUGUUUUCGUCAUCUCAAUUGACACAGGAGAAGUUUUAGACUAUCACGUGAUGUCUAAAUCUUGCCGUAAGUGCUCCCUAAAGAACUCACAAUGUGAAGGGAAUGUGGAAGAGUUUGAAGAAUGGAGGAGGGAGCAUGUUGCAUCUGGAGAUUGUGACAUCAAUCAAGGAAGUUCACCUGCUAUGGAAGCAGAAGGAGCUUCUGUUCUUUGGAAUAGAUCCAUCGAACUUCAUAACAUGAGGUACAAAAUGGAUGGUGUCAGACGGGGACAGUAA